UCCCGGUGCGCGGCCACUCGGCGCCUGCGCAGGACAGCGGGGAGGCUCGGGUUGCAGGCUCUGGGGCGCUCGCUCCUGUCAGUCGGUGGGUAGGUCCUCCCGCCGGCCCUCCCCCUCCCCGUUCUCCGGGGGAGGCGCGGUGGAGUCCGCCCCCAGGAUCCCCCGAUGGGGGAGAAGCGGCGACGGCGGCAGCGGAAAAACCGAGCCGGAGCGUGAGCGGCCCCGGGGCCCGGUUCCCCGCGGAGGCCAUGGGCGACCCAGCCCCCGCCCGCAGCCUGGACGACAUCGACCUGUCCGCCCUGCGGGAUCCUGCUGGAAUCUUCGAGCUGGUGGAGGUGGUCGGCAAUGGAACCUACGGACAGGUGUACAAGGGUCGGCAUGUCAAGACCGGGCAGCUGGCUGCCAUCAAGGUCAUGGAUGUCACGGAGGAUGAGGAGGAAGAGAUCAAGCAGGAGAUCAACAUGCUGAAAAAAUACUCUCACCACCGCAACAUCGCCACCUACUACGGGGCCUUCAUCAAGAAGAGCCCCCCUGGGAACGACGACCAGCUCUGGCUGGUCAUGGAGUUCUGUGGUGCCGGUUCCGUGACGGACCUGGUGAAGAACACGAAGGGCAACGCCCUGAAGGAGGACUGCAUCGCCUACAUCUGCCGCGAGAUCCUCCGGGGUCUGGCCCACCUCCACGCCCACAAGGUCAUCCACCGGGACAUCAAGGGGCAGAAUGUGCUGCUGACAGAGAAUGCCGAGGUCAAGCUAGUGGACUUCGGGGUGAGCGCUCAGCUGGACCGCACGGUGGGCAGGCGCAACACCUUCAUCGGGACCCCCUACUGGAUGGCCCCCGAGGUCAUCGCCUGUGAUGAGAACCCCGACGCCACCUACGAUUACAGGAGUGACAUUUGGUCUUUAGGAAUCACAGCCAUCGAGAUGGCAGAGGGAGCCCCCCCUCUGUGUGACAUGCACCCCAUGCGAGCCCUCUUCCUCAUCCCCCGCAAUCCGCCACCCAGGCUCAAGUCCAAGAAAUGGUCUAAGAAGUUCAUCGACUUCAUUGACACGUGUCUCAUCAAGACGUACCUGAGCCGCCCGCCGACGGAGCAGCUGCUCAAGUUCCCCUUCAUCCGAGACCAGCCCACCGAGCGGCAGGUCCGCAUCCAGCUCAAGGACCACAUCGACCGAUCGCGCAAGAAGCGAGGCGAGAAAGAGGAGACAGAGUAUGAGUACAGCGGCAGCGAAGAGGAAGACGACAGCCACGGCGAGGAAGGAGAGCCAAGCUCCAUCAUGAACGUGCCAGGGGAGUCGACCCUCCGCCGGGAAUUCCUCCGGCUCCAGCAGGAGAACAAGAGCAACUCGGAAGCUUUAAAGCAGCAACAGCAGCUGCAGCAGCAGCAACAGCGAGACCCCGAGGCGCACAUCAAGCACCUCCUGCACCAGCGACAGCGGCGCAUUGAGGAGCAGAAGGAGGAGCGGCGGCGUGUUGAAGAGCAACAGCGGCGGGAGCGGGAGCAGCGGAAGCUGCAGGAGAAGGAGCAGCAGCGGCGGCUGGAGGACAUGCAGGCCCUGCGGCGGGAGGAGGAGAGGCGGCAGGCCGAGCGGGAGCAGGAAUAUAUCCGUCACAGGCUAGAGGAGGAGCAGCGGCAGCUCGAGAUCCUUCAGCAACAGCUGCUCCAGGAACAGGCCCUACUGCUGGAAUACAAGCGGAAGCAGCUGGAGGAGCAGCGGCAGUCGGAGCGCCUGCAGAGGCAGCUGCAGCAGGAGCAUGCCUACCUCAAGUCCCUGCAGCAGCAGCAGCAGCAGCAGCAGCAGCUUCAGAAGCAGCAGCAGCAGCAAAUCCUGCCCGGGGACAGGAAGCCCCUGUAUCAUUACGGUCGGGGCAUUAACCCCGCUGACAAACCAGCCUGGGCCCGAGAGGUGGAAGAGAGGACAAGGAUGAACAAGCAGCAGAACUCUCCCCUGGCCAAGACCAAGCCAGGCAGCUCGGGGCCUGAGCCCCCGGGCCCCCAGGCCUCCCCUGGGCCCCCAGGCCCCCUUUCCCAGACUCCUCCUAUGCAGAGGCCGGUGGAGCCCCAGGAGGGACCGCACAAGAGCCUGGUGGCACACCGGGUCCCACUGAAGCCAUAUGCAGCGCCUGUACCCCGAUCCCAGUCCCUGCAGGACCAGCCCACCCGAAACCUGGCUGCCUUCCCAGCGGCCCACGACCCCGACCCCGCCGUCCCCGCCCCCACUGCCACGCCCAGUGCCCGAGGAGCUGUCAUCCGCCAGAACUCAGACCCCACUUCCGAAGGGCCUGGCCCCAGCCCCAGCCCUCCAGCCUGGGUCCGGCCUGACAACGAGGCCCCUCCCAAGGUGCCGCAGAGAACCUCCUCCAUCGCCACUGCCCUUAACACCAGUGGGGCCCGAGGGGCCCGGCCGGCCCAGGCUGUCCGCGCCAGACCUCGCAGCAACUCCGCCUGGCAAAUCUACCUGCAAAGGCGGGCAGAGCGGGGCACCCCCAAGCCUCCAGGGCCCCCUGCUCAGCCCCCUGGCCCGCCCAGCGCCUGUAGUAACCCUGACCUCAGGAGGAGCGACCCUGGCUGGGAGCGCUCGGACAGCGUCCUGCCCGCCUCGCACGGGCACCUCCCCCAGGCUGGCUCGCUGGAGCGGAACCGUGUGGGAGCCUCCUCCAAACUGGACAGCUCGCCCGUGCUCUCCCCUGGCAACAAAGCCAAGCCUGAUGACCACCGCUCGCGGCCCGGCAGGCCCGCAAGCUAUAAGCGCGCCAUUGGUGAGGACUUCGUGCUGCUCAAAGAGCGGACUCUGGACGAGGCCCCCCGGCCUCCCAAGAAGGCCAUGGACUACUCCUCGUCCAGCGAGGAGGUGGAGAGCAGCGAGGACGAUGAGGAGGAGAGCAACGGCGAGCCUUCCCAGGGGAGCAGAGACACCCCCGGGGCCCGGGGCACUCAGGUGGCAGGCAGGGCCGGGAGGGCCCCUGACCUCGCGCUCUCCCACCCCAGCGACGGCGACACCGACAGCGUCAGCACCAUGGUGGUCCACGACGUGGAGGAGGUGGCCGGGACCCAGACUCCCUACGGGGGCGGCACCAUGGUGGUCCAGCGUACCCCGGAAGAGGAGCGAAGCCUGCUACACGCCGACAGCAACGGCUACACGAACCUGCCAGACGUGGUCCAGCCCAGCCACUCGCCCACUGAGAGCAGCAAAGGCCAAAGCCCCCCCUUGAAGGAUGGCGGCAGUGACUACCAGUCUCGUGGGCUGGUGAAGGCCCCGGGCCAGAGCUCGUUUACCAUGUUUGUGGACCUGGGGAUCUACCAGUCCGGAGGCAGUGGGGAUACCAUCCCCAUCACAGCCCUGCUGGGUGGAGAGGGCGGCCGGCUCGACCAGCUCCAGUUGGACGUGAGGAAAGGCUCUGUGGUCAACGUGAACCCCACCACCACCCGGGCCCACAGCGAGACCCCCGAGAUCCGGAAGUACAAGAAGCGGUUCAACUCCGAGAUCCUCUGUGCGGCCCUUUGGGGGGUCAACCUGCUGGUGGGCACGGAGAACGGGCUGAUGCUGCUGGACCGCAGCGGGCAGGGCAAGGUGUACGGGCUCAUCGGGCGCCGCCGCUUCCAGCAGAUGGACGUGCUGGAGGGACUCAACCUGCUCAUCACCAUCUCAGGGAAAAGGAACAAACUGCGGGUGUACUACCUGUCCUGGCUCCGGAACAAGAUCCUGCACAACGACCCGGAAGUGGAGAAGAAGCAGGGCUGGACCACCGUCGGGGACAUGGAGGGCUGCGGCCACUACCGCGUUGUGAAGUACGAACGCAUCAAGUUCCUGGUCAUCGCCCUGAAGAACUCGGUGGAGGUGUAUGCCUGGGCCCCCAAACCGUACCACAAAUUCAUGGCUUUCAAGUCCUUUGCGGACCUCCCGCACCGCCCUCUGCUGGUGGACCUGACGGUGGAGGAGGGGCAGCGGCUCAAGGUCAUCUACGGCUCCAGCGCCGGCUUCCACGCGGUGGACGUCGACUCGGGGAACAGCUACGACAUCUACAUCCCCGUGCACAUCCAGAGCCAGAUCACGCCCCACGCCAUCAUCUUCCUCCCCAACACGGACGGCAUGGAGAUGCUGCUGUGCUACGAGGACGAGGGCGUCUACGUCAACACGUACGGGCGCAUCAUCAAGGACGUGGUGCUGCAGUGGGGAGAGAUGCCCACCUCUGUGGCCUACAUCUGCUCCAACCAGAUCAUGGGCUGGGGUGAGAAAGCCAUUGAGAUCCGCUCGGUGGAGACGGGCCACCUGGACGGCGUCUUCAUGCACAAGCGAGCCCAGAGGCUCAAGUUCCUGUGCGAGCGGAACGACAAGGUGUUUUUUGCCUCCGUCCGCUCCGGGGGCAGCAGCCAAGUUUACUUCAUGACGCUGAACCGUAACUGCAUCAUGAACUGGUGACGGGGCCCUGGGCUGGGCUGUCCCUCGGGGACCAGCUCUCCCCCACCAGCCAGACUUCCCAGGCCGCCCUUCUCUUCCCUCCCUGGGCUUUUGCUUUUACUGGUUUGAUUCACUGGAGCCUGCUGGGAACGUGACCUCUGACCCCUGAUGCUUUUGUGAUCACGUGACCAUCCUCUUCCCCAACAUGUUCUCUCCCCAAAACUGUGCCUGUCCCAACUUCUGGGGAGAGGCACAGCCUAGCCCACCCCCCUUUCUCCACUUGGGAGGAGAGCGUUUGGGGCUUGGAGCCCGUACCCCACUGCUGCUGACUCGGCAGGGCCCUGGGCCCCUUUAUUUGCACGUCAGGGGAGCCGGCUCCCCCCUUGAAUGUACCAGACCCUGGGGGGGGUCACUGGGCCCUAGGUUUUAGGGGGGUCACCAGCCACUCCAGGGGCAGGGACCAUUUCCUCAUUUUCUGAAAGCACUUUAAUGAUUCCCCUCCCCUCAAACCCCAGGGAAUGGAGGGAGGACCCCGACAGCCAAAACAUUGACCCCUUUCCGACCCCCAUCUCUUCUGGCCUCUGCCCCUUCCCCGGUGGAGAGAGGGAGCGGGGCGCUCUCACCCUCCACACGGCCCGGCCCGUGCUUGCAUCUGUAUAUAGUGUGAGCGGCAAGUAGCCCCGCCCCCUCCCGGUCCCUUCUCUCCUCAAUGUAGUGGCCUUGGAUACCUGUUUGUUAAUAAAGACAAUUCAACCAGCUCCCACCAA